GCGUAGGAGCGGAAAGAUGGCAGCUGACACAGGCAGAUACAGGAGCGCUGUCUCCAAAAGCAAAGACCCCUCCGGUUUACUUAUAUCUGUAAUAAGGACGCUGUCCAGCAGUGAUGAUGUGCAAGACAGAGAGACGGAAAAGGGUCGACUGGAGGAGGCAUACGAGAAGUGUGACCAUGAUCUGGAUGAGCUGAUCGUUCAGCACUACACAGAGCUCACCACAGCCAUUCGUACCUACCAGAGCAUCACGGAGAGAAUCACAAGCUCUCGCAACAAGAUUAAACAGGUUAAAGAGAACCUGUUGUCCUGUAAGAUGCUCCUCCACUGUAAACGGGAUGAGCUGAGGAAGCUCUGGAUCGAGGGAGUAGAGCACAAACAUGUUCUUAGCCUGCUGGAUGAGAUCGAGAACAUCAAACAGGUGCCUCAGAAGCUUGAGGCGUCCAUGGCCAGCAAGCACUAUCUGUAUGCCACCGAUAUGCUGGUGUCAGCAGUGGAUUCUUUGGAAGGACCUUUGCUACAGGUGGAGGGUCUCGGUGACUUGCGGUUGGAACUCCACAGCAAAAAGCUCAACAUCCACCUAGUGCUGAUUGACGAGCUCCACCGCCACCUCUACAUCAAGUCCACCAGCCGCGUAGGUCACCGUGGCAAAGACAAGGAGAAGGGACGGUCUGCUUCGAAGGACACAUCUGUUUUGGAUGUCAGUGGUUUGUCAACCCCACGCAAGCUUACAGAAGCCUCACAGUUCAGCACCCCUGGAACUACCAGCAUGCGUGAGCUACAAGAAACGAGAGAAGACUUAGAUGUGGACCCAGAAGAGAAUAGUGCUGAGUUCAUGGGGAUCUUGAUCAAAGCUCUGGCCAAACUCAGGAAGAUCCCUGAGACCAUUAAAGCCAUCAUGGAACGUCUAGAGCCUGAGCUGAAGCAGAUCCUCAAAAGAUCCACCACUCAGAUUGCUGACCAUGCCUACCAGAGAGGAGAGAACCUGGCACAGGACAACCAACCCAGGCUGUUGCUGGAACUGCUGGAGCUGUUGUUUGAUAAGUUAAAUGCUGUGGCCCAGGCUCACAGCGUGGUUCUGAGUCACCUGCAGCAGAUUGUGGUCUCUCCCAAAAGAGUCCAGGAAGGGAUCAAACUCUAUGAGCAGGCAGAUGUUUAUGCCAAGAUCCAAACUGUUCUACAGGUGCUUUUAAUGGAUUACUUGGAUGUCAAAAACACACGUAGUGCUGCAGAACCUUCCGCCCAGCUCUCCUAUGCCAGCACUGGUGGAGACUUCGGAGCAUUCUUCGCUAAGAAGAAACCUCAACGACCCAAACAGUCUCUGUUCAAGUUUGAGUCUUCGUCCCACGCCAUUAGCAUGAGCGCAUACCUGCGAGAGCAACGUCGGGAACUCUACAGCAAAAGUGGGGAGCUGCAAGGUGGAGCUGAUGAUAACCUGAUUGAGGGGGGAGAGACUAAGUUCUUGUGCAAAGCAGGAGCCAGAAACAUUACAGUCAUCUUUCAGCCUUUGCUUAGAUUCAUUCAGGAAAUUGAGUCACUUAUGGGACCAGCUCAGGCGAAGCAGUGUCAGCUACGAACCUUCCUCACCUACUACAUCAAUGACCUGUUCCUCAGUCAGGUCCGCACCGAGACUAAUAAGGAUAUUGAGGCCGUGACUAAAGUAUCUGACCCACUCAAGAUCCUUGCUAGUGCUGACACCAUGAAAAACCUUGGGGUUCAAAGACCUCUUUUACAGAGUACUGUGAUUGUGGAGAAGUCCAUUCAGGAUCUAAUGAGUCUGAUGCAGGAUCUCAGUGCCUACUCCAACCAGUUCCUGGAGAUGGUCUGUGACAAACUCAAAGAGUACAAGGAGAUCUGCAAUGCUGCUUACAGGGCCAUUGUUCAGUGUGAAGAGAAACUCACCAUCAGUGCAUCCUGGGCAAAAGAUGAAGACAUUAGCCGCCUGCUACAGUCUCUGCCCAACUGGGCCAGCAUGACUCAACCCAGACAGCUCCGACAGAAGAGAGAAGAGGAGGAGGACUUCACACGUGCAGCGUUUGCUAAGGAAUCAGAGGUUCUGACUGGGAAUCUUGGUGAUAAGUUGAUUCCUCAGAAUGAGAUUCUGCGGGAUGUGAGUGAUCUGAAAGCUUUAGCUAACCUGCAGGAGAGUAUGGAGUGGCUUGCCACCCGCCUCAGGGGGUUCUUCAGCAACUUGCCCCAGAGCUCCAGUGUUUCCCCAGGCUCUGACGCCCAUGUGAACAUUGAGAAUAUACGCAGUCGAGAGCAGAUCCUCCAGACAUUGACUGACCUCUCCAGAUCCUUCCAGGACAUUGCCGACCGAUGCCUGCUAGUGCUGCAUCUGGAGGUCAGGGUCCACUGUUUCCAUUAUCUGAUCCCUCUGGCUAAACAAGGCAACUACGCCAUCGUGGCCAACGCAGCCAGCAUGGACUAUGACCCUCUGGUGGUUAAGCUGAAUAAGGACAUCAGUGCCAUAGAGGAAGUGAUGGGAGCUGCCCUGCAGCAGCACAAGUUCCAGUAUAUUUUUGAGGGUCUGGGUCAUCUGAUCUCUUGUAUUCUGAUAAACGGGGCUCAGUACUUCAAGCGCAUCAGUGAGUCUGGCAUCAAAAAGAUGUGCAGAAAUAUCUUUGUGCUCCAACAGAACCUCACCAACAUCACCAUGUCACGUGAGGCUGAUCUGGACUUUGCCAGGCAGUACUAUGAGAUGCUAUAUAAUACUGCUGAUGAACUGCUCAACCUGGUGGUUGAUCAAGGGGUGCGUUACACAGAGCUGGAGUACAUCAACGCUUUGAGCCUCCUCCACCGCAGCCAGACAGGCGUGGGAGACCUGACUGUGCAAAACAUGAGGCUACAGCGCCUCAAAGAGAUCAUAUGUGAACAGGCUGCCAUUAAACAGGCCACAAAGGACAAAAAGAUCACCACAGUCUAGAGAUACUCAUACUCAAAAAAACGUUGUGUGUCUGGAUUAAGGUAUAGCUCACCCAAAAAUAAAAGUUCUGUCAUCAUUUACUCAACCAAGCCUAGUGUAGUUCUUCUGUAAAACACAAAAGGAGAUGCAUUUAUGUUAAUCUCAGUCACCAUUCACUUUCAUUGCAUAUUUUCCAUACUAUGACAUUGAAUGGAGACUGAGGCUGUCAUUCUUCCUAACCUCUCAUUUUGUGUUCCACAGAAGAAAAGGAAUUCAGACGGAUUUGGAACUAAAUGAAUUAAUUAAUGUUUUUAUUUUUUACGGUGAACUGUCCCUUUACUUCCAUUCAUUACUGUCAUUAGCCUUCAGUCGUGUCACACAUUUAAGCAAACAUAAUAGUGGUCAUGAUCAAAGAGCUUUGUAGAAUUACAUUUCUUUUAUGGGUUAGUUGCUUGCUUUAUUUUUUAUAUGGUUUAUAAAAUGCAUUUCAGACCAGUGCUUUGCACACAAACACACGCAUAGACAUGUACACACACAUCCUCACAGAAGGAACUUCCUCAUAAACGAAUCGCUUAUACCUUGUCUGGUUAGACCACAACUGUCAAAGUGCGAGGAAGAUUUUCUCUCGCUGUGGCUUGGGGAUAUUUUAGUCUCAUUUUCUUUCUUUAUCAAACCACUGCACACAAUCAUAGCAUCUUCCUCCAUGCUGUCUCCCUAAAUGUCCUGCAGCCUUUGCCUGGAAUAACAGGUGCUAGAGUACCAAACUUUUUAUCAGGCAAAAUGAAACUGCUCACCCUGUGUUUGUUAAUUUGUUCUGCUUUCUUAGGAGAGGAAAUAGGAAUUCCUAAUCUCAUUUAGCAUUUCUUAAAAUGUUCCCUCCUCUACUGUGUAUUAUACUGUUCAUAGUCCAGGUUUUACUAUGUUUCAGGUAAAAUGUUGUGUGUUUACACCAUCAUUAUGACACUAUAACAUCUUUGACAUAUUACAUCACUGUCAACACUUUUGCGGAUCUGUGGAUUCCUUUGUUGUUUGAACAGGAAAAGGGAGUGUCUAAUGUCUAUGUGCCCUCCAACUGCUACCCAUAAAUCUUCAAUUAGGGUGGAUAUUUUAAGUGAACUGUUUAUCUUGCUCACAUCCCCUCGUUUAUACUGACAAAAAAGCUGCAAAUCAAUCAUACUCUCUGUCCUCUGCUGUUUUUAGCUGAUUAGCUAUGAAGAAUAUUACUUAAAGAGAGGGAGGGAGAAAUGCAUUGUCGAUACAGAGCACAGGUGUAAGGCAGACAUACACCAGGAAGCCACCAGAGCAAUCCAUCAUAAUGACUCAUCUCCUCAAAUCAAUAUUUGCCACUAGGUUGCCAAAGAGAGGAUAACAGCGAUGACAGUAUGUGUGGUGUGAAUUGUAUUGUAUGAAUGCUGAAGGCUUGUCACAGGAAUGGUAAGACAUUAGAAAAGUCAUGUCUGUCUUAUAUGAAUAUGUCUAUAUUAUAUCUUGGAAGAGGAGUCAUAUGGGACUGAUAUGGGCAAGGACAUAAACGCCAUUGUGUGUGUGCCUUUGUGUGUUAGUGUGCCAUUAUUGGGUCUCAAACUGUUGUUUAAAUGAACUGGACUGACUCAAGUGCUCCCGAUAGCUUAAUAACAAUUACUUUUAUAUGUCAAUUAUAAUACUUAUCUAGACAUAACUGAGUCUGCUGGGGUUGCAUAAUAUGUUAAAUCAACACUAUUUCAUGCCUUGUUUUCUUUCUUUAUGACUUUUUUUUAGUAAUGUAUUUUAUGCUUGAUUUACUAUCACUUGAAAUGUUCAUGAAAAGGAUGUACAUGCUUGUAAAUUUCAAUUCAUUGCAUAAAAGUCCUUUCAAAAUCCUCUCGCAGCUCCAGACUACUGGAUUUAAAUGGAAUUUUGCCAAUGUUAAUGUCAAAAUGAAAUAAACAAAUAUAAUGAA